GGCGUGGGCGUGGCUAGGGCCCGCUAACGCGCACGCGCGAGCCACCUAGCCCGUGGUCGUCCGGUAUCCGAAGUGCCCGCGUUCGUCAUGUCGGCGUCUGUGGUGUCCGUCAUCUCCCGGUUCCUGGAGGAGUACUUGAGCUCCACUCCGCAGCGGCUGAAGUUGCUGGACGCCUAUCUCCUUUAUAUACUGCUGACCGGGGCGCUGCAGUUCGGCUACUGUCUCCUCGUGGGCACCUUCCCCUUCAACUCUUUCCUCUCUGGCUUCAUCUCUUGUGUGGGCAGCUUCAUCCUAGCGGUUUGCUUGAGAAUACAGAUCAACCCCCAGAACAAGGCGGACUUCCAAGGCAUCUCUCCAGAGCGAGCCUUUGCUGACUUCCUCUUUGCCAGCACCAUCCUCCACCUUGUCGUCAUGAACUUUGUUGGCUGAACUGUCCCGUUUCCUUAUCGUGGAGUUGGAGGUUGGCGGAAUGUUCACUCUUUGACGUCCCCUGGAUCAGAAUGCUUGAGCUGGCAGCUCGUCGCACAUGGCUUCUUCAGAUUUGUGCUUGACUACGAUUCUCACUGGUUGUGAGGUGGCACGUCCAGAGAACUCCCUUCGCUCUAUCGGACCAACUCCACAGUGUACGUCUGUUAACACAGAAUCCGCCUCCCCUCAGUAUAGCCCUUACUUUCCAAAUUAAAAAACAGUUUCUCUGCCA